AUGCCACGCCCACUGGUGGUCAGCCUGCURUGGCUGCUGCUGCUGCUGGGCGGGCCGUCGGCGUGGGCGCAGCGACCGCUGCUGAAUCACACCUUCAACUCGCUGCCCAUGUCGCAGCACCAGAGCAACAGCUACAACAACUACAACAACUAUCAGGGCUCAGGCAAGCAGCUGCGCAACGGCCGACUGCACGAGCAGCCGCAGCCGCUGCCGCUGCCGACGCUGCCGGGACUGGCCCAGCCCGUCCAUGUCUACGACGACUACGAGGGUGAAGCCAGUGCGGGCACCUUUGGCUCGCGUCCUCCGCCCGGCAGCCGGCGCGACACGCGUCGCCGCCAGAAUCUGUCGCAUGUGGGCGCCGGCGGGCUGCCACGCCCCGAGCGCGGCAAUGGGCAGCGCGGCAUAGAGUCGCUGCGCAAGGAGCUGAUGAAGCCGUCGGUGGGCGGACCCGGCGGCGGUAUCAGCGGCAAGAGCACCGGCUACGCCUCCUACUCGGCCACCUCGUCCAUUGGCAAGAUCGAUGGCCUGGGCGGCGUGGGCUCCGCCGAUCGCUAUGGGGAGCGACUGCGCCAGCCCCCCGGAGGAGUGAGCGGAGCAGCCGCCAUGACUGCUGGACCCUAUUCCACACGAGUUCCGCCGUUGUACGCGGGCAUGGACAGCCAGCCGAUGCGCACGUACCCGCGCAAGAACUCCAUCAGCGAGCUGCUCAAGCUGAAGAAGAGCUUCAACCAGGCGGACGAGCCGGUGCGCAGUGUCACCGAUGGCAACAUGGAUGGCGACCCCGACGGCGAUAUGGAUCAGAUCGACCCCAUACAGCAGAUCAAGGAACGCAUACGAGACACAGCACCCAAGCCGAACACCUAUGCUCCACACACGGAGUCCACGCCCUCGACGGAAAUCGAGGAUUUGCUGGGCGUCAAGUGCAACUUCGAGACGCCCUGCGCCUGGGAGUGGACCGAGAACCUGUCCGAUGGCUUCCAGGUGAUCAGCGGCACGGAGCUGGCCAAGAAGAACUUGACUGGCCUGAUGCCGGGUCCAGUGGCCGACAGCAUAGACGAUGCCAAUGGCCACUUCCUGUACGCCCGGGUGCUGCCGAGCACCCGCCAGCUGAACCUGACCUCGCCUUCGUUUAGCACCACGCUGGAGCGCUGCUUCCUGGAGGUCUACAUGCACCAGAGCGACAUGAGCCACGGACUGUCGCGGGUGGUUGUGGAGCCGCUGCAUCCGCAGGAGAGCAGCUGGGUGCCCGCCGAGAUACAGGGCGACAACUUCCGCCAGUGGACGCACAAGCUGUUCCGGCUGGGUCGCAUUUCGCGCGACUUUCGCAUCAAGUUCGAGGUUGUGCCCGAGCUGAAGCCGGGCCAGAAGGCGCAUGUGGCRCUGGACAAUCUGCGCAUGGUCAACUGCUUCCCAGAGGGCACCAAGUCGGAGAAGUGCAGCACCUCCCAGGUCAAGUGCAUGAUGAACAAGGUGCCCGUCUGCAUACCCCUGCCGCGCAUCUGCGACAUUACGCGCGACUGCGACGACGCCGAGGACGAGCUGCAGUCAUGUGACAAGAUACCCUACGGCGGCCGCUGCGACUUCGAGGAGGACUGGUGCGGCUGGCGGGACUCGGGCAAGACCACAUUGACCUGGUCACGGCACACUGGCUCCUCGCCCACCCACGACACGGGCCCCGACGGCGACCACACCCAGCAGCAUCUGCUGAACACCACCGGCGGCUACUAUAUGCUCGUCAACAUGAACCAGCACAUCAACAACUCUGAUAAGAGCUCCAUUAUCGGCUUUGCCAGCAAUGCGAUCAUGCUCAGCAAGACCUUCAAUCCGCCGCCCUCGGUGCAUGGCAACUCGGACUCGCCCUAUCGCAACUCGUGCGUGGUGCGCUUCUACAUACACCAGUUCGGCAAGAAUCCGGGCAGCAUCAAUCUCUCCGUGGUCGAAAUGAAGGAGAAGGAGAACAUCACCACCACGCUCUGGUGGAGCACCAAGAACCAGGGCAGCGACUGGCUGCGCGCCGAGUACGUCCUGCCCAACAUUACGGCCAAAUACUAUCUGCAAUUCGAGGCACGCAUGGGCAUGCGCAUCUUCUCGGAUGUGGCUGUCGAUGACUUUUCGCUCAGUCCCGAGUGCUUUGGCCUCAACAUACCCGAGGAACAUCUCAAUGGGUACAAUUACUGGGACGUCAGGCACAAUCUAAAGAGUCCGGCGCAUCACGACUUUGAGCAUACAAACUAUUUAGAAUUAACGACGUGCGAUACGAGAGGUAUGAUAGGACCGACACAAGCGCAAUGUGAAGUCGCCUACAAGGAGCAGAACCAAAGCCAUGUGCUGCGCGAGGUGCACGUCGUGGAGGAUCAGAGCACCUACAAGGGCAUGCAGAAGUGGAAGGUGCCCAACGAGGGGCACUAUACCAUCAUUGCCAAAGGCGCCAGCGGUGGCCUGGGAUCGGGUGGCGUGGGCAGCUCGCGUGGUGCGGUGGCCGUCGCAGUGCUGGAGCUGCUCAAGAACGAGGAGCUGUACUUCCUAGUUGGCCAGCAGGGCGAGAAUGCCUGCAUCAAGUCCAUGGGCACGCACAAGGAGGCCGGCUGCGGCGCUGAGCACGAUCUGGACCUGGGCCAGUACAGCUUCCGCUCCAAGCAGGACAUGGUGAAGAACAUUUACAUUGAGAAUGGCGCUGGCGGAGGAGGCGGCGGUUCCUUUGUCUUCCUGCUCAACCAGGCCAAGAACGAGGCGGUGCCGCUGCUAGUGGCCGGCGGCGGCGGUGGCCUGGGCAUUGGCCAAUACAUCGACGAGGACUUCCAGCACGGCCAAAAGGCAAAGCCGUUGCAGGCGCCCGAGAGCGGGCAGAUCCAUGGCGAGCCGUUGAACAAGAAGACCGCCGGACCCGGCGGCGGCUGGCGCGCCAAAGAGGAUCAGGCACUGAGCCCCACCUACGGCGCGGCACUGCUGCAGGGUGGCCGUGGUGGCCACUCCUGCUACGUCGAACUGGCCGACAAUGGCACCACGGUGCACAGACACGGCCAGGGUGGCUUCGGCGGCGGCGGCGGGGGCUGCAACACCGGCGGUGGCGGUGGCGGCUACGCGGGCGGCGACGUCUACCUCAACGAGUCGAACGGCGAGGGCGGUAGCUCCUACAUCAGCAGCAGCCGCAGUCUGCGCGAUGCCAGCGAGAUCUUUGCGGGCGCCAGUAGCGGCUCAGGCGCCAUCAUUAUCAUUCCGGCCAUUGAGGGCUGCGGCUGCGACUAUCGCUGCGUUGCAUUGGACGAGUACAGGUCCAAAGUGCGCUGCAUAUGCCCGGAUGGCUGGAGCCUGAAGCGGGACAACAACACCGCCUGCGAGCGACAGGAGGAGGCGGGCAAGUCAUCCUUCCAGUACCUGGUCUCCAUCUUGAUGGUCUCCCUGGCCGUGCUCUUCAUCUGCAUUGCGGCGCUCAUCUUUAUGCUAUACAAUCGCUAUCAACGGAAAAAGCAGGCCAAGCUGCGCCACAAGAUGCUCGUGGAGCAGGACCUGCAGCUGAGUCGCCUGCGCCACAACAUCGACGACUCCAAUCUGAACAACUUCAAUCCCAACUAUGGCUGCGAUGGCAUACUCAAUGGUCACAUCGAUGUCAACAGUCUGCCGCAGGUGGCCCGCGAGAGCCUGCAGCUGGUCAAUGCACUGGGCAAGGGCGCCUUCGGCGAGGUCUACCUGGCGCUCUACCGCCAUCGGGACGGCGAUGCCGUGGAAAUGCCUGUGGCCGUGAAGACACUACGAGAGGAUCCCAAGCGCGAGAAGGAGGAGGACUUCCUCAAGGAGGCAGCCAUCAUGGCCAAGUUCAAUCAUCCGAAUAUGGUGCAUCUCAUCGGCGUCUGCUUCGAUCGCCAGCCCUACUACAUUGUGCUCGAGCUGCUCGCCGGCGGCGAUCUGCAAAAGUUUCUGCGCGAGAAUCGCAACACGCCGGAGCGGCCCUCGUUGCUGACCAUGAAGGAUCUGCUGUUCUGUGCCCUGGACGUGGCCAAGGGCUGUCGCUACAUGGAGAGCAAGCGGUUCAUUCACCGCGACAUCGCGGCGCGCAACUGCCUGCUGAGCAGCAAGGGUCCAGGUCGAGUGGUCAAGAUAGCUGACUUCGGCAUGUCCCGGGACAUCUACAGAUCGGACUACUACCGCAAGGGCGGCAAGGCGAUGCUGCCGAUUAAGUGGAUGCCGCCGGAGGCCUUCCUCGAUGGCAUCUUCACUUCGAAGACGGAUGUCUGGUCAUUUGGCAUAUUGCUCUGGGAGGUGUUCAGCCUGGGUCGCUCGCCCUAUCCCGGCCAGCACAAUACACAGGUCAUGGAGCUGGUGGUGCGCGGCGGACGUCUAGGCUCGCCCACCGAGUGCCCCGUGUCCAUAUACAAGAUCAUGGCCGACUGCUGGAAUCCCACGCCCGAGGAUCGACCCACUUUCACCAGCCUGCUGGAGCACCUAACCGCUUGCACCCAGGAUGCGAGCAUCAUGAAUGCCCCGCUGCCCAAUAUACUCGGCCCCACGGCCGCUGAGCGCGACGAGACGGUCAUCCGGCCGCCCAAUGGCGAAGAGUUUUGUCUAGCCGUGCCGGACUAUCUGGUGCCGCUGCCUGGCAACGGCGCGCCUCAUGCGCCCGGAGCAGCGGGCUCCUAUGCGCCGACCGCGCAGCGCCAGCAGAACGCCUGCACUCCGCCAGCUGUUACCUCACCUGCCGCGCCCAAGCCCGCCCUGCCGGAGCAGUUGGAGGGCGCUGGCGCCCUGGGCGGCGACUGCUGGGAGACCUCGUUCAUCUUGCCCAACUCGAAGAGCGAUCAGCCACUGCUCAGCGCCGGCGCGGUCACCACCAUAGCCAGCGGCGACUCGCAGCGGAAUCUGCAGUCGUCCGCAGUGGCCUCCGCCAUGGCCACGCCCAUUCUGCGCUCGCCCACGCACAGCGACGAGGCGAAGCUGAUUAGCUUGGAUACGCCGCAGCCGACGCCGACGACCAUACAGCCGCCGCUCUCGUUCGCCUCCCAGCUGGACGGGAUUACGCUGGAUCCGGCAGCUCUGAGCAAGAGCCUGGCCAACGGCGGGGCAGGCGGGGCAGGCGGUGCACCGGUGGCCGGUGCCGCCAACGGCAGCGCCAAGCAGUCCUAUGCCAAUGUGCAGGUGCAGCUGAAGGGCGAGCAGGAGCGGGAGUGCGCCAAGCUGAAUGGCAGCCUGCCCACGGGCAAUGGGGCGAUCAUCAAUGGGGAGACGGCGGCUGUUGUAACGGUAAACGAUACGCCCUUCACCAUACAGGGCUACGCAGAGCGCUACAAGGACAACAACAAUCAUUCCGAAAUCAGUUGUUAGGGCGAAUCCAAGCACCUAGGCACAAAGUGUUUGGGAAGAAAGCAGAAAAUAAUUAAAUAAUAAAAAGGCAGCAACGGCUUUGAGCUUUCGAUAAAUCCGUUAUCGAUUAAUUGUUGCAUCGUAUCUUGUUUUUUGGGACCCAGGUCCACUCACAAUUUGUUUGAAAGCUAAAAACGCAUGACGAAUAUUUAAAGAAAACAAAAUGAGAAACAAACACGAGUGAGAAGUUCACAAAAUUGUAUUGUAAUUUAAAAUUUAAAAUUUGUAUGCGCAAAGCACACA